AUGAGCUCGCUCAAGUUCGUGGCCGCGUCCCUCGGGGUCAUUGCUGCGGCCAAGGACACUUCACACAAUGCCCCGUUAGCGGACGCUGUCAAGAAAGCCCUUGCCGCCAUCAAGGAGAAGGACCCUCAGUUUCCCGACCCCGAAAUCAUCUUUGCGCCGCUGCAGCUCGCCACCCGCUCGGGCAGCAUCCCUUUGUCCACGACUGCCCUCGACUGCAUUGGCAAGCUCAUCUCCUACUCCUACUUCUCCAUUCCGUCCGCCUCUGCGGCCGCAGCCUAUGCUGCUGCCGAUGCUGCCUCGACCGAUGCCGACGAGGACCCACAAAGCCAAGCCGCUGCUACUUCUGCAGAGGGCUCAUCAGACCCUGCCGACCGCGCACCGCUCAUCGAGCGCGCCAUCGACACAAUAUGCGACUGCUUCCAGGGCGAUACGACGCCCGCCGAGAUCCAGUUGCAGAUUGUCAAAUCAUUGCUGGCCGCCGUGCUCAAUGACAAAAUUGUCGUCCAUGGUGCUGGCCUCCUCAAGGCUAUCCGCCAGGUGUACAAUGUCUUCCUCCUUUCGCGGAACGCGCCCAACCAACAGGUUGCCCAGGGCACACUGACACAAAUGGUCGGCACCGUCUUUGAGCGCGUCAAGUUGCGUCUUCAGAUGAAGGAAUCCCGGCUCGGCUUGUCAAAGCUCAAGCAGAAUGGCAGCAGUGGUAUUUUUGAGCAGCCCCGUGCUAGCACGGCCUACGAGGGCGAGGGCGGUGGCGAUGGCGACGAAUCUCCUGAUACGGCCUCGGCUGCUACCACACCCGGUCUGGCUCGUGACGAGCCAGGUGCCGCGAACGGCGAAGGAGGUGCCGAAACGAAGUUGACACUCAAGGACCUCGAGCACCGCAAGAGCUUCGACGACUCGAACCUCGGCGAUGGCCCCACUAUGGUGACGCACCUCAAGCGUGACCCGACGUCCUCCGCACGAUCCGUGUCCGAGCAGACGAAUCCAGACAGUCCCCAUGACGAGGCGCCCGAGUCUCUCGACGCCGAGGAUGAGGUCUACAUCCGUGAUGCCUAUCUCGUUUUCCGGUCGUUUUGCAACCUCUCCACAAAGGUGCUGCCACCCGACCAGCUCUACGACCUGCGCGGCCAGCCCAUGCGGUCGAAGCUGAUCUCGCUGCAUCUUAUCCACACCCUCCUCAAUAACAACAUCAGCGUCUUCACGUCGCCGCUCUGCACCAUCACCAACACCAAGAGCAACGAGCCCACCAGCUUCUUGCAGGCCAUCAAGUUCUACCUGUGCCUUAGCAUCACCCGCAAUGGCGCCAGCUCGGUUGACCGCGUCUUCGAAGUCUGCUGCGAGAUUUUCUGGCUUAUGCUCAAGUUUAUGCGGGCAUCCUUCAAGAAGGAGAUCGAGGUCUUCCUCAACGAGAUUUACUUGGCCCUCGUGGCGCGGAAAACCGCCCCAAUGUCGCAGAAGCUGUACUUUAUCAACAUCCUGAACCGCUUCUGCGCCGAUCCCCGCGCUCUUGUCGAGACCUACCUCAACUACGACUGCGAACCGAACGUCGACAAUAUCUUCCAGACGGUCGUCGAAAGCUUGUCUAAGCUGGCCAUCACUCCUGUUCCCAUUGCCUCCGACAUCGAGCGCGCGUACGAAGAGAAGCACGGUAGCACCAGCGGCAGUGAAUGGCAGAUCAAAACCUCCCUGCCGCCUCCGCUGACGGUUAACUACAUCGUGCCCAACCAAACCCCUGAGCCCGAGUUUCCGCAAGAAUACAUUAUGAAGCGGGUUUCUCUCGAUGCCCUCGUUGAGUCACUGCGGUCGAUGGUCAACUGGUCGCAGGCUGGCCGCCCGGAUGGCGGUGCAAUGGCUGCAGCGGCUGUAGACGCGGACCGGCGGACAUCUGUGGAUGAUGUCCGUGAAUCCAUUGACCCUUCGAACGGCGACAGCAUUUCGCGUGUGGACACACCGGUUCUCCCCUCGACGCCUGUCAUGGAUGAUGACCCGGAACAGGUCGAGAAGGAAAAGGCACGCAAGACCGCCUUGUCCGUCGCAAUUAAGGCGUUCAAUUUUAAGCCGAAGCGUGGCCUGAAGAUGCUUGUUGAGCAAGGGUUCAUUCCCAGCGACUCGCCCACCGAUAUUGCCAACUUCCUCAUCCGGGAAGACCGGCUGGACAAGACUCAGAUUGGCGAGUACCUCGGCGACGCUGACCCCAAGAACAUCGAGACGAUGCAUGCCUUCGUCGACACCAUGGACUUUUCGAAGCGCCGCUUUGUGUCUGCCCUGCGCCAAUUCCUCCAAUCGUUCCGUCUUCCCGGCGAGGCCCAAAAGAUUGAUCGUUUCAUGCUCAAGUUUGCUGAGCGCUACAACGAUGGCAACCCGAAUGCCUUUGCGAACGCCGAUACAGCAUACGUGCUAUCGUACUCGGUUAUUAUGCUCAACACCGAUCUGCACAGUACAAAUGUCGUGAAGCGCAUGACCCAGCAGGACUUUAUUCGCAACAAUCGCGGUAUCAACGACAACGCCGAUCUGCCCGACGAGUACCUAAUUGGCAUCUACGAGGAGAUUGCUUCCAACGAGAUCGUUCUUGACAGUGAGCGCCGGGCGGCAGCCGCGGCUGGCAAUCUGCCAGUGCAGCAGCCCACCGGCCUGGCGAGCGCCUUUACCAAUGUCGGUCGUGACCUUCAACGAGAAGCGUACGUCCAGCAGUCGGAGGAGAUCUCCCUGCGGUCCGAGCAGCUCUUCAAAAACCUGUUCCGCAGUCAGCGCCGCAACGCCGCCAAGGCUGGCGGUGUUAAAUUUGUGCCGGCCACCAACUUCAAGCACAUUGGCCCGAUGUUUGACGUGACGUGGAUGUCCUAUUUCUCGGCAUUUUCCAGCCAGAUGCAGAACGCGCACAACCUCGAGCUAAACCGUCUUUGCCUGGAGGGCAUGCAGCUGGCGGCCAAGAUCGCGUGCCAGUUUGAGCUGUCGACCCCCCGCGAGGCUUUUAUCUCGGCGCUUCGGAACGCGGCGAGCCUCAACAACGUUCAAGACGUGUACGCCAAGAACGUCGAGGCCCUGCGCGUCCUUCUCGAGUUGGGCUACACAGAAGGCAAUUACCUUCGGCAGUCCUGGAAGGACAUUCUCAUCUCUGUCAGCCAGCUUGAGCGCCUGCAACUGAUGGCUAGCGGUAUCGACGCGAGUGCUGUGCCCGACGUGUCCAAGGCACGCUUCGUGCCGCCCUCCAAGGACCGGAGCAGCACAGGUAGCGACAGCCGGAAGUCCACGCAGCGUCGGCAGCGUCCCCGUGCUCCCACGGGGCCCAAUGGCUUCUCGUCACCGGAAAUCGCCUACGAUCUGACAUCGGACGAGACCGUUAAGAGCAUGGACCGCAUCUUUACCAACACGGCGAACCUGAAUGGUGAGGCCAUCACCCACUUUGCGCGUGCACUGACAGAAGUCAGCUGGGACGAGAUCAAGGUGUCCGGCUCCAAUGACAAUCCGCGCAUGUACAGUCUCCAGAAGAUUGUCGAGAUCAGCUACUACAACAUGACGCGUGUGCGUUUUGAGUGGACGAACAUCUGGGACCUUUUGGCCGACCACUUCAACAAGAUUGGCGCCAACGCCAACGAGGCGGUCGUUUUCUUCGCGCUGGACUCACUGCGUCAGCUGUCUAUGCGUUUUAUGGAGAUUGAGGAGCUACCCGGUUUCAAGUUCCAAAAGGAUUUUUUGAAGCCGUUUGAGCACGUCAUGGCCAAUUCCAAAAACAUCCACGUCAAGGAUAUGGCCCUACGGUGCCUGAUCCAGAUGAUACAGGCGCGGGGCGAAAAUAUUCGGUCGGGCUGGCGGACUAUGUUCGGUGCCUUCACGGUGGCUGCGCGCGACCCGGCCGAGAGCAUUGUCAACAUGGCAUUUGAGAAUGUCACACAGGUGUUCCGGACUCGCUUCGGCGUCGUCAUCGCGCAGGGUGCUUUCACAGACCUAAUUGUCUGCCUGACUGAGUUCUCUAAGAAUAUCCGGUUCCAGAAGAAGAGCCUGCAGGCCAUGGAGACGCUCAAGGCCGUUGUGCCCAAGAUGCUGAAGACGCCCGAGUGCCCCUUGUCGCAACGUCACCUGGCUGCUGCCAACGGCGAUUCCAACGGUACGCAAAAUGGGAACAGCACAAACGAAAGCGACCUCAAGUCGCCCCUCUCGAACCGUGCAUCAACGUCAGUCGAAGAGGGCUUCUGGUUCCCUGUCCUCUUUGCAUUCCAUGAUGUCUUGAUGACGGGUGAGGACCUCGAGGUGCGGUCGAACGCACUUAAUUACUUCUUCGAGACGCUGCUGCGGUACGGCGGUGGCUUCCCGCCCGACUUCUGGGACAUCCUGUGGCGCCAGCAGCUGUACCCGAUCUUCUUGGUUCUGCGGUCGCGGCCAGAGAUGUCCAACGUGCUGAGUCACGAGGAGCUCUCCGUUUGGCUGUCGACGACUAUGAUUCAGGCGUUGCGCAAUAUGAUUACAUUGUUCACGCAUUACUUUGAAGCGCUCGAGUACAUGCUCGACCGGUUCCUUGAGCUGCUUGCCCUCUGUAUUCUGCAAGAAAACGACACGAUAGCACGCAUUGGUAGCAACUGCCUGCAGCAGCUGAUUUUGCAGAACGUCACCAAGUUCUCUGAGGAGCACUGGUCCAAGAUUGUCGGCGCCUUCUGUGAGCUGUUUGAGCGCACCACGGCCUACCAGCUUUUCUCGGCCACCACCAUCAACUCAACAGCAUCGCUAUCGCCGCCUCCCGGCGCCCUCGAGUUUGGCUACCCACUAAGCCCCGGCGUGCCACCCGAUGGCACAUUUGUGGACGAGAAGUCGCUCAAGAUCAAUGGCGGCAGUGGCACGGCCGAGAGCGGCAACCCGCUUCCCGACUCGGACACGGCCUCGACACUGUCGCUGCCAAGCACCGCCGUGGCAGUCGAAAGCGAGGACGGCGAGGACGAAGAUUCCAGCGAUGACCCGCAGACGCCAACCGCAAAGAGCAUCGCCGCUGUCAUCGCCGGAAACGGCCCGUCAACGCCACAGCAGCUCGAAGACUACAAACCGACCAGCAGCCUCCAGCAGCAGCCUGUGGUAGUGACGGCAGCACGUCGCCGCUUCUUCAACCGCAUCAUUUCACGCUGCGUGCUGCAGCUUCUUAUGAUUGAGACGGUCAACGAGCUCUUUAGCAACGAAGCCGUGUAUAACCAGAUCCCGUCGACCGAGCUGCUCCGUCUUAUGGCGCUGCUGAAGAAGUCGUUCCUGUUCGCGCGCCGCUUCAACAACGACAAGGAACUGCGCAUGCGGCUGUGGCGCGAAGGGUUCAUGAAGCAGCCGCCCAACCUGCUCAAGCAGGAGUCUGGCUCUGCCGCGACAUACGUGUCCAUCCUCUUCAAGAUGUACGCCGACCAAUCCGAGGAGCGCCAGGCGAAGCGCGCUGACGUCGAGAGCGCCCUCGUGCCUCUGUGCAAGGAUAUUCUGCAGGGCUACCUGGCCCUCGAGGACGAGAGCCAGCACCGCAACAUUAUGGCAUGGCGGCCGGUCGUCGUGGACGUGCUCGAGGGCUAUGCACAGUUUCCCGAGCCGGCCUUCCUGGAGCACCUGGCCGACUUCUACCCGAGCAUGAUCGAGCUGCUGGGCCGCGAGCUGAGCGGCGACCUGCGUGCGGCCAUUGUUCACGUGCUUCGGCGCGUGGGUGAGGUCAGCCUCGGCCUCAGUGGCCUCUUUACUGGCCAGGGCGCUGGUGGGCGUGGCUCCUCGGGCGCGUACGAUGAACAGCAGGGCAAGCACCGGCGUCGUGGUGACAGCGUUCUGAGCACGGCGACAACGACAACGACUGAGGGCGGGACUGUGGACUACGAGGGCGGCGAUGCAAGCACCAAGUUUAUGGGCCGGCGGAUGAACUCGCCAUCGGCACCUGAGGCGUGA